AUGUCUCUUUUCGCCAACCUCAACACCGGGGCGACCAGCCAGCCGGCCUCAACUGGUGGAGGAGGCCUGUUCAGCGGGUUGAACAACAACACGAACACCAACACCACCACCAACCAGACUGCUGCUCGACCCAGUCCCUUUGGGCCUGGGUCGAGCCUGUUCCCUCCUCAGCCGGCCAGCCAAGCUCCGGCCACGAACAGCCUGUUUGCGCCCCAGAGUCAAGCGGCUACGACGUCCGGCCCCAGUCUCUUCGGAAACACAACGGCCACGGCACCCCAGACCAACAACCUCUUCGCAACCUCCCAACCCGAUGCGUCGAAUAACCUUGGCAAGAGCCUGUUCAGCAACACCAUCAACACCCAGGCAGCCAAUGCGGAGGGAAAAUCGCAGCAAGCCGCCCCGACCGGUGCCUUCUUCGACAGCCUGCUAGCAAAAAACAAGAGGGUCCAGUUCGAUGGAGCUACGCCCAUGGAAGACCUCCCCAGCUUGCAUCUCGGCCUGGGCGACCUUCGGCAACGCCUGCGCAAGCUCGGGCCCAAGGCGGCCCCGGGCGACCGCCAGCUUGACGGCCGCGCACACUACCUGCUUGCCGCCUCCGGCGUCGAUCCUGGCACCGCGGUGCGCGAUCUCGGCUCCCUGGGCUUCCAGACCUCGAGGCUCGAUCGAUCCGCCUACGGCGCGGCGCAGGGCGAGGUGGAUGUCGAAACGUAUCUCUCGAACCUGCAGAACAAGACUACACUGAGCAUGAUUGCGGACGGGCUGGAAAGGUCUGUCAAGGACUUCGAUGCCUUCUUGGAGGACAACGUCACCAUGGAGUGGGAGGCGCAACGGAGAAGGAUCUACGAGCACUUCGGCAUCAAGUCGAAGCAGUCAUCAGCUGGUGGUCCGGGGUCACCUGGGAGGGAGUCCCGGGGUGGCUUCGGCAAAUCACGACGGAAGGGCGUGCUGUCAUCUGGCCCGGACAAGUCGACGGCAAAGGAGAGUGCGUUUGGACGGUCUGGUCUCGGGAGGUCUGUCAUCGGAACGCCCAGCAGGAUUGGCGCCCAUUCUUCUGAGUUCUCAGACGUGGGCGGCGCUGGAACUGUCAGCGGCGCGAGCGGGUCUGGCGGCAUUGAUGAUCGCCACUUGCGAGAGAAGCAGCUCAAGCUGGCGGAGAAGAUUCACCAACUCAACGACGCCCGUCAGCAGGCGCAAGCUGUGGCAUACCCGAUUCUCAACGAGCUCGCAGAGGUCGAGUCGAAAGCAGGCGAUCGGCAUGGCGAGCAUCUUGUGGACGCGUACCGCGCUAUGGUGUUAAUUGUCGGCGAGAUCCCUGACGCAGACUCUCCCGGCGCAGAUGCUACGGCCAGCGAGAGGCAAUUCUCCAGUGUUUAUCUCAGCCUCGAAUCGAAUUCGCCAGGAACGAUUUCUCUACGCAAGCGGAUUCUGGCUGGCGCCAACAGGUUUCUUGAGAAGAAAUUCAUGGAUCAGAUCGAGCAGCAGAUCGCCAAGAACCCGCUGAAUGCCCAGCUUGGUGGAAGGCCGGACGUUGUCAGCAAAACCAAGGCAUACGUGCGCCUUUUGGCCCAGGGCAAGCAUCUUGCUCCCGAUAACACAGAUCUUCAGUCGAUCAGGCGCGAAGGCCAGGACGAGUAUGUCUGGGCGGUUAUCUUCUACCUGCUUCGAUCGGGACAUGUGAACGAAGCCGCGCGGUAUGUCAUCGAGAACCAGAACCACUUCAAGAGCAUCGAUCGAUCGUUCCCUGCCUUCAUGAGCGACUACGCCACAAGUGAGGAGCGGCGUCUUAAGAGGCAGCUUCAGGACAGAUGCAACACCGAGUUCAGCCAGCGCAUCCGCAAUGCUCCUGACAACUCGGUCGACCCAUACCGUGCGGCAUGUUACAAGAUCAUUGGUCGCUGUGAUCUGAGCAACCGCAGCUUUGAGGGGUUCACCGCCGACGUUUACGACUGGAUGUGGCUGCAGUUCAACCUCGCGCGUGAGGGAGACCGCUCGGUGGAGAUCUGGGGGGAGACGUUCGGGCUGGCCGAGGUGCAAAACACCAUCAAGGAGGUCGGCCUGAAGUACUUUCCCAAGAAUAAUGUUGAUGAUGCUAAUGGCAACUUCGGCAUGUUCUUCUUCAUGCAGAUCAUGUCCGGGAUGUUUGAGCAAGCCAUCGCAUACCUGUACUCAUUUUCCUACGUGGACGCGGUUCACUUUGCGAUUGCGCUGGAGUACUACGGGCUGCUGCGGGCCUCGGACUCGAUGACGUCCAACAAUGACCUCCUGACACACAACACUCGCGAGCAACCGCAGCUUCGGACGGAUCAAGCCGGCAGACAGCAUGCGGAGCUGUGCCACGAGGCGCUCCGCGAGCUUGUGCUGGAGACGAGGGAGUUCAGCAAGCUCAUUGGCGACAUCCGGCCGGAUGGGCGACGCAUGCCUGGCAUAAUAGAGACUCGCGGCUCUCUGAUCGGCCUGCCAGAUGAGCGGGAAUUCGUCAGAAGCAUCACGCUGCAAGCCGGCCGCUUCGCGAACGACAACGGGCGAACGACGGAUGCGGUGCUGCUGUACCACCUGGCCGAGGACUACGAUACGGUGGUGGCGAUUGUCGGGCGAGCUCUGAGCGAGGCCAUCUCGUUGGAGGUGGGAGGGGAGCCGCUGCGGCUGCAGCCAGUCAAGCCACGUGUCGAGGGUGGACGGCCCGGGCCACAGCUGAACAGCAGCCUCAGCCUGGCGUCCAUCGACGACCCCGUGGAGCUGGCGAAGACGAUGAUGCACAUGUACGAGGGUGAGCGGUUCUUCCGGGAGAGUAUCCAGGAAAUCAACCGCAUGGCGUGUAGUGUGCUGCUGCAGAUGUCGGACAUCAAGAGCCUCGUAGGGGCUGGCCAGUGGGUUCAGGCCCUGGAUCAAAUCAAGACGCUUGAGAUCCUGCCUCUGACGGCGAACGGCGACCCGUCGACGAUCCGGGCAUACGCGGCCAAGUUCGCCAGCCUGCCGCAGGUGGUGGCGGCCAACGUGGGCAACCUCCUGAUGUGGACGGUGAUGUGCUGCACGCGGCAGCGGGAGAGGCUCGGCAGCGGGCAGUUCAGCGGCAACGAGAGCACGUCCAAGGACCUGCAGGUGCAGCUGAAGCAGAUGAGCAUCGACCUGACAGCGUACACCAGCCAGCUGCGGUACAGGUUCCCGUCCCACCUGCUGGAGGCGCUGGCCAGAGCAUCAGCGGACUGA